AUGGCAACAUCAUACGUGAAGAUGAAUGAAUCAUCUGAUGCUGUAACAGAGAGAUUCCGUCAACUUCAUGAACUACUAGUUAUUGAGGAGCACCGUAUCAAGUCACCAAUCAUUGAUCAAAUGAGAUGUACAAUGGACUCCAUCAGCACAAUGAAUCAGGAGGUCACUAGGAUCACAACAGUGAUCACCUCCUCACAAGAGCAAUCACCAAAUCAUGUUAACAAUAUUGAUAAUAGUGAUGAAAUGGACGAGGAUCAGCUUAUCAAAUCAAUCAACUCAUCGUCAACAAUUGAUCAAUUCAUCCAACCCAACGUCGAAUCAAUCAACAUAAGCAAUGAUGGUCAACUACUCAAUGCUGUCCAACAUUGUGAGCGACUAGCAAGUGCACCGACCCAAACAAGUGGACUCGAGAAACCACGAAUCGUCCACAUUGACAACAGUGUUAACAAGGUUAUCAAGAUGAACAUUACCGCAUGUGUAAGGAUAAUUGGUGCAGUCGAGUUCAACAAUCAUUACUUCGCUAUCUGUGAAAAUGUAUGCACAAUGACACAUCCGGAGAAGGAGAUUGACAUUGUCAUCGAAGGGUACAAGGCCAGGGAAGGCACCCCCACCAGUGCAGUAUACGCUCGUGACAAUGUCUACUUGUUUGGAGGAAAAGAUGCUAGCAACUCAUACUCGCGAUUCAAUCUGCCCGAGAGGGAAUGGUACCAGAACACUCCCUUCACUGAGGGCACAGCUGGAGGAAACUAUCUUUCGGCGUGUUUCGAUGGCCACCGUUACAUCUACUUAGUAGGCGGAUUCUCCAAUGAUCAAUUCACGGAUCACAUUGAUCGUUUUGAUAUCUACACCCAGAAGUUCAGCCCUGUUUCAUCACUUCCAGCCAAGGUAAUAGCAUCAGUGGUCUUCUUCCUCGACUCCAAACUCUACAUUGUAGGUGGACUCUACGCACGCGACGCCCAACAUCAGGCCAUCCAAGUGUUUGACUUGGCCACUGGACAACUAUCCACUCACUGUGAUGCAUUGGAGAUUAGUGAAUACCUGUCAAGUUGUUUCGAUGGCACUGAUUUGGUCUAUGUCCUGUCGAAAUCUGCAUUCAUCAGAGUAUCACUGGCUACAAAGGAGCAAACAAGACUUGCUCAGCCAUCCAAAGGUGGAAGACAUAGAUUGUUCUAUGAUAAUGGAAGGAUAUUGUUGUUACUCGGUAAAGGUCAUAACAUGGAGUAUAACAAGGACUCGGAUAAUUGGACAAAUCUGGAUGACAAGUAUUGUUCGCUUGAUGUAAGGGCACUCAGAGCCAUGUGCAUCAUCAGAGACUAA